AUGCGUCCUGGAGGGGACGCUGCGGACACACUAGAAACCCUGCCAGACCGGCUGAAACAGUUGGAGGACCACCUGCUUCAACUAAAUGCUGGUGGACAGCCAGAAGCAACCGGACCUAGUGCAAGCUCCACUGAUGCCCAGGCGACCAUUCGGGUGUCCGUACCCAGGGAGAAGAGAUUUGGGAAGUACGGUGGGAUCAGAGAUGACCGGGUCCUAGAGGACUGGAUAGCAGAUGCUGAGAGGGCCGUGAGGGGCGAGACGGAUGCCGAGGCAGUAGAUACCCUCUUGUUUCACAUGGAAGGUGUGGCCAAAGAAGAAGUGACGCUGAGGCCAACCAGUAAGUGGUCCUCUCCCUCUGGUGUAUUUCGGAUCCUGAAGGAGAUCUUCAGUGAACAGCUUACAGAAACUCAAGCGAGGAGGAAGUUUUUCGCAAGGCGGCAGGGAGAUCGCGAGUCGGCGCAGGACUUUGCACAUGCUCUAAUGGUUCUUCUUUCCAGGGUAGAGCGAUUGAGUGGUGCACCAGAGGCCAGUAAAGACCUACUACUAAGGGAGCAGUUCGUGGAGAACCUUAAGGACCUCACCCUGCGCCGCGGCAUCAAGCGCUGGGCAAGAGACCACGCAACUGCUACCUUCCAGGACGUUCGACUGGAGGUGCAUUGGUAUAUGGAGGAGGACCCUACUCCCAGGAGAUCGGCAGUAGUAACGUCUGCAGAGGUGGAGGAAGAGGCGCAGUGCACCGAGAUCACUGGGCAGAAGAAGCAGCAAAAGGUCAUGGCUGACCUCAUCUCCGGACAGAACGUCCUCGACGAAGAGUUGUAG